UCAGACUGAAUCAGAGGGAGGAAGAAAGCUGGUGAAGGUUCACUAUUAUUUUUCCUGCCACUGCAUGAAUAUCCUUUACAAAAAGGAAUUUAUCUUGUCAAUGGAUUUACUCUUUUAACUCUUUAUCUUUGGACUCUUUUAGUGGAAAUACUUAGUAUAACUUUUGGUGAAGUUGUCCAAGUUAAUCUUUGAUUACUCCGACACCAACCACAUUUACAGUUCAUUCAUUGUUCUGGCAAAGUCACCGUCUGUGUGGAUUAUUCUCUUUUGCCUUUGACAUGGGGAUCGGUAAGGAGCUACUCAUCCUGGGCUUGAUGUGUAUGCUGGGGAAGUGUUUCUCUGACUGUCCCCGAGGAUUCGGCUCAGUAUUGGGCAAAUGUGUUGAUAUUAAUGAGUGUGAUGAAGACGGAUGUGGGAAUAACACAAUGUGCUUCAACACAAAUGGCAGCUACUACUGUCAGUGCGAGUCUGGCUUCAGAGACGCUAAGGGGCAGGUGAAUUUCACGGAAGAUAGUGGACAGUGCCAAGAUGUCAACGAGUGUCUCGAAGAACGUGGAAUCUGUGGCCAUGGGGCUUCUUGUUCUAACCAGAUUGGGAGGUACUAUUGCACCUGCCUGUUCGGGUUCAUCAACUCAAGCAGAAGCACUAAAGGCUGCAUAGACAUAGACGAAUGUGAACAAGCUAACAUCUGUGGAGAGAAAGGCACGUGUAAGAACACUGACGGGAGCUACCUGUGCGAGUGUCCGGAAGGAUUCACCAAUUACGGCAACGAAAGGACUCUAUGUUCAGAACUUGACUGUGACGACUUCAGUGCUGCAAGUGGGCCAACACAGUCGCUUGGAGGCUUGGCAAACAUUUUAUCCAUGAUGAGACACAGCUGUUUGUCUCUCUCUAACCCAAAUGCUACAUUUGAUGAGAGGCUUAAUGGAGAUGCGCUACUGGAGAGAAUUUUAACAGCGACUGAUGCCAUCCUUUCACCUGGUCAUGUGGACAGCAGUGAAGGUGUGAGCGCAUUGCUCAGUACACUGGAGAACUCCAUCAUGCUCAUCGGUCCUCAACUGAAAAAGAACCUGACCAGGAUGGGGACUAAUGAGACAGAUGCAGAGAUUGUUGUUCAGAGAGGGGACAUCCGGCCCACUGGACCAAUCCAUUUGACCAAUGACAAUGCAACACUUGACACUGACUGGGAAACAGCCACGGGGACUGGAAAAUAUCCUGGCUUUGCUCUGGCCGCACUGUUGAGCUACAAGAACCUGAAGAGCUCAGGUGAGAGAUCUUUUGAGGAGCUCAAAGGACUUGAAAAAGAUGGCGUGGAUCCCUCCAUUCGGAUCUACUCUCGAGUUGUGUCUGUCCUGGUCUCUAAUCCCUCCACUCAACAUCUGCGCCGCUCUGUUAACAUCACACUCAGACAUGUGGAGGACACAGACGCGUCCCUCGAGGUGAGCUACAUCUGUGCCUACUGGAAUGAGCGAGAGGCCUGGUCCACAGAUGGUUGCUAUCAGCAGUCCUCCAAUGCCUCGCACACUGUGUGUACUUGUGAACAUCUGAGCAGCUUUGCAGUACUCAUGGCCCUGUACCCCAUGGAGCACCCGUUUGCGCUCCAGAUGGUGAGCAGGAUCGGGCUGAUCAUCUCCGUAGUGUGUCUGACACUGUGCAUCCUGACGUUCAAGUUCUGCCGCUCCAUACAAGGGACGCGCACCACCAUCCACCUGCACCUGUGUGUCUGCCUCCUCCUGGCUGACAUCAUCUUUCUGGCGGGCAUUUCACGAACUGAACCUGUGGGGGGCUGCAGAUUUGUUGCUGCCAUGCUUCAUUAUUUCUUCUUGGGCGUCUUCGCCUGGAUGUUGCUGGAAGGUGUGCAGCUCUACCGCAUGGUGGUCCUGGUCUUCAAUGCCAACAUUCGUCCACUCUAUCUAAUAGUCAUUGGCUACGGGAUGCCCCUUGUCGUCGUCGUCGUUUCUGCGAUCAUUAGACCGAACAGCUACGGCACAGACAAGCACUGCUGGCUGUCCGUGGAAGAUGGCCUCAUCUGGAGUUUCUUUGGCCCUGUGUGCCUCAUCAUCAUCAUCAAUGUCCUCUUCUUCAUCAUCACGGUGUGGAAGCUCGCCCAGAAGUUCACCAGCCUCAACCCGGAUCUGUCCACGCUCCACAAAAUUAAAGCAUUCACAGUGACGGCUAUCGCGCAGAUGUGCAUACUGGGACUGAUGUGGGUGUUUGGGGCCUUGCUGUUUGAAAAGAGCCGAACAGCAGAAGUGGCAGCGUAUAUCUUUACUAUUCUGAACAGCCUACAGGGAGCGCUGCUGUUCUUCAUGCACUGCCUGCUGUCCAAACAGGUGAGAGAUGAGUAUGCCCAUUUCCUCUCCUGCAUCUGCACGCCACAGAAGAAGAGAUACUCGGACUUGAGCAGCACCAAUCCCUCCAGCAGUCAGUCACAAGCUUCAAAAAGUGCGCAGCACACUGGGGAAUCGCAAAUAUAAACAGCUCUGUCCUUUAAUCAUCCUCAAAGAGUAAGCUAAGUUAGCCCUUAUUUGAAAGAUUUGGGUCAUUUAAAAUAACAACAACAAUAAUAAUAAUAAUAAUAAUAAUCAUAAUAAUAAAUUCAGUCAUUAUUUACCUCACCUUAAAGUCAGGGUUAGCGGUUUCACCAACCUGAGGGAUUGGGACAAAAUUACCAUGUCUUCAAGAAAUAAGAAAAAAAGCAGUGACAGUGUCUCAACCAGUUUUGUCCUCGAUGAAUUCUUGUUUUUGUUGUUUUAAUGAUUUUGAUGUUCAGCUGUGUUGAGUGCAAAGGCCAUAGCGUAGGAUUCACGUCACUUUCUGCGACCCUUUUAGCCCUGAGCGUUCAGUUUGUUGCGUCGAGUUGCAAACAUAUGCGUAUCACUUAAAUGAUAGAAGAACGUAUACUGAUAAUGACUGAAUUCUUAUUUCGAUAUUUGCUGUAUUCCCAUUGGUUCAAAGUAAUACUGAUUUAGAGCAUUUAUUUUCAAGUGUCUACGUUGUGCAGGCUGAACAGUAAAUAUGAUUAAAACGCGAGCAUACACUUUGCUUUAUUGUUUCAUACAAGUGUUUGUUGUAAAUAAGAUCGCGUGGGCUUCUGUUCGCUGGAGCGUCACAGAACAGAAGCCUUUCCAUGUACUGUAUUUAACAGUAUGCUGUAUUGGUAAGAAACCGAUGAUUCAUGAUGCCUAUUGCCAAUGAAGUUGCUCCGAUUGCCUCUCGUUCCUCCUGUGGCCUUCUGUGGGGAUUUUUACAUCUGAUAUUCUUGAUUUUUAAACAAAAUAAGUGGAUUUCUUCAAAGCACUUGUGGCUGUUUUUUUUAAGUUUUUUUUUAGAAUCUAGAUAGAUAGAUAGAUAGAUAGAUAGAUAGAUACUGUAUUGAUCCCGAAGGAAAUUCAAGUCAAUUCAAAUCUAUCUUGGCUUCUGCCUCCUGAGCUGUGCCUUUGUCCACGAAGUUGUACAUGGACAAUUCACAAAAACAGACCCACCCCUCUGAUAAGCGUGCAGCUUCCUGCAAUCAAACGGUGUUUAUGGAGUAAAAUGUUCUUCUAAUAACUUCAAGCCUCUGCCUUCACACACUGUCGGUCACUGUGCAGUGUUACAUUCCUGAAACGAGAGCUCCCGCCGUUUUGUUGGGGGUCUAAUGGGAGAUGUUCGGACUUGAGUUUUAUUAUUUUAUUGCACUUUGUCUUUGUCCAGCACAUCUUCACUUACAUGGUGCACCGGAUAAUCCCGUCCCACGUACACACGACCAGUUCACAUUUGGUAAUGAGACAAAGAUUAGUUUUUCUAUUAUAUACAAAUUAUUGGGACCUUUUAAAAUAAUAGAGAAUUGUUUCCCCCUUUCAUAUUAGGAGUGUUUAGUUUGUCACUGAACUGAAGUCUGGUUUGUGAGUGUGACUGGCAACCAUAUUGUGACCAUUGUUACUGUUUGUUCAUGCAUUUCAAAAAAUGUAUAUUUAUGUGAAAAAGCUACUAUAUGCAAUAUGCAGCAUUUUGUGAAUGUAAGAUUGUGAGAUUCCUAUUGUCUUGAGUUUACUAUACUAUAUGAUCUAGUUUGAAGCUAUUUUUCUACUUUUUUUCAAAGUUGUUGUUUGGUACUAUGUUUAUUUUAGGAAUAUGCAGCAGAAAUUGUUAUUAAAAUGUGUUCUUGUACUUUGUUUGAAAAA